GAAAUUUUUUUUUUUAAAAAUGAUUAAUGAUUGUGUGCUUUAGACUCACUUUAGCAAAAUCCUUUUUUUCAUCCUCCAUUGCUAGUGCUCUAAAGAUGUUUGUAGUUUCCAGAAAUGAUAUAAUGGCAUAAAACUGUAUUGGAGCCUAGUUUCGAAGCUCAUAUCGAAUUCCAUCUCACUGUUUGUACUUUAUAUAGAAAGGCUAAAAGAAAUUGCAGGUAUGAGUUUUCAAACCUUUCCCUUUUCAAUUCACUUGUAAAUAAUUUGUGGGGUCACAAAAAAUAGUUAAUUAUUCUCUGAAUUGAAGGGUGAGUUUAAUUUAUUAUAGGGGUUCUUAGGAAAAGUCAGAGAGCUUUUUUGUGUAAAACCCAGUUGUUGUCUUUGGUACUUAGAAUGUUUAAGAAGUAUGGUGAUGUCUUUCUUUGCUUUGAACUAUGGCUUUUUUAACUCGGGUUUCUUUAGAUAUUAGUUUAAGGUGAGGAAUUUGUGCCUCUAGCUCUCUUCAUAAAAUAGCUUCUUAAAGUUGAAGAUAAUAUGACAAAGGGAUGGAUGUUGAUAAAUAUGUUUUGAGUUUGAGCUAAAUUGCUCCAGUUUCUUCUAUGCUUAAAGCUUAAAAUUCAUGUGCUUAUCACAUUAUCAUAUGAUCAUGUGAUAAGCAUGUGGAAAUCAAGGCCUUAUAUAGCAGGAAUAUGGGGAAAUUUUUCUAGUGGGGACAUUGCAACUAAUCACAUGGUUUAGAAGGUCGGUUGUGCAGUUUUUAAAGUUCAGGGGACAUUACAAAUUGCCCAUUAGAGUGGUAAAGGGAAAUUUACCCUAUGUUUUAUUUGGAUUCACAAUCACAAACUCUCUGAAGUUAAUAACUCAGCAUCAGAGUUACUAGACCCAUUCAGCAAAAGAAAAGCUUCAUCAUAACAAGGUACAGAAACCCCUGCACUUCGCUUUUUUUGAUGGUAUCCAUCAUAUGUAGAAAUGAGAGAAUGAUAAUUUAUGAAUGAAAAAUGUGAUAGAUGUAGAAAUGACUUGCAAGUUCCACCAUGUUAUUGCUAGGUUUUGCAUAAGUAUAUAUGUGCUUGAAUGGGAACUAAAAAUGCUGGUUCUAGGUUGUGUUUGCGAUUUAUGGUCUUGAGUCUGGACAGCACAUGAGAUGUGAAUUUUAACAUCAAUUGUUUUUUUGGGUGUAUGUUUCUUUGAAAAUUCCCAAGAAUCAGCCUCUCCCUAGAAAAAAAUGAGGGUAUAGGUGCCUACCAAUCACCUCUCCCAGAUCUUGCAAAAGUGUGAACUUUGUGCAUUGAGUACAACAUUUUUAUGUUUCUUUGAAAGUUCAUGUGAAAUUAGAAUAUGUUUCCAAUACUUCUUCCCAUAUUUACAAGGAGUCCAAGAAAGGCCAAAUUGAAACUGCAAGUGGUUUGUAGUUCACUUAUUCAUGAAGGGUAUGCCUUUUUAUGUAUGUAAGUGAAGAUGACACUAGAAGUGUCCUUGGAGGCAUUUCUCUUACUUUAAUUAUGGGUUACUAAGGCAAUAAAUUUUAAGAUUUUGAGAUUUACUGCCAAGAACAAAAAAGAAUUGGUUACAAAAGGUAAGUUUAACUUGUGAGGGCCAUGUGUGAACUGUUAUGCUAUUUUCUGACUACCAUGCAUGACUGUUUACAAUGUGUUAUUCCAUUGUGGAGCUUAUUUCUUCUAGAGGGUAUUCCCCUGUAUUUGGAAUUCAUGAAUGAUUCAAAAAUAUCUUAUAGAGGAGCUACCUAUCUAUUAAAGGGGAUGGAAUUUCCAUGGAUAAUAUUAGCAAAUUUGAAUGGAAUAUUUGAGGCUAUGGUGCUGAAGUCAAAGAUUAUAAUGAGUUCAGAACUCUCAGGGAGAAUAGUCUUUCUUCUUUAAUAUAUUCUGAGAUCCAACUGGGUCUGUUUCUCAUUGUUUAUAGUUCCUUUGACAGGAUUAAAUUUUUUGCCUGACAGAAACAAGAGACCAAAGGUUACCAUUUCUGUGCAGACUCUCCAGUGCAGAACAUAUAUAUCUGUGUUCCACUUGCUAUAAUAUAGCUCAAGGAUGAUUAAUGAAGAAAGAGCUGGAAUGGAAUUUAUAUAUUCCAUGGAUUCUAGAACUAGUUGCUCCCCAUUUAAAUUCCAUUAUCCAACCAUUAACACAGCCAGCAAAUGUUGCCAUAUUACAGUUCAUACUGUCACUCAGUCUUCUCCAUCUCCUGUAAUCUCUUGUGUAGAGAACGUGCCUCAAGGUGCACGUGUUUCACAUAUUACAGCUACUGAUUCAGAACAUGGACAUUCAACAUCAAGUAAUGAGUCGAACACGUCUAAGGUCUUGCAAGAUGUACAUAUAUCGACGCGGUUGAUGGAGCAUUUUCUUGAGCUUGCUAAAGACAACACAGACAAUGAUCUGGAAACCUGUGGGAUUCUUGGUGCCUUUCUUGAGAAAGGAACCUUUUAUGCAACCACUUUGAUCAUACCCAAACAGGAAUCGACUUCUGGUUCUUGUCAGGCUAUAAAUGAGGAGGAAGUUUUUGCCAUUCAAAAUGAGCAUUCCCUUUAUCCUGUGGGUUGGAUCCAUACACAUCCUUCUCAAAGCUGUUUUAUGUCAUCAGUAGAUUUGCACACUCAGUAUUCAUAUCAGGCAAUGUUACCUGAGGCUUUUGCUAUUGUCAUGGCUCCAACUGAUACAUCAAGAUUAGCACCUGUAUCACUCGUAGUAAAUAUUGUUCCAGCAAAAAAGAAAAAUAUUGCUGUCAUUUGUGAGCAUAUUUUCUUUGCUUAGCCUGUGAAGACCAUGAAGCAUUGCUGGUUGAGAAGGGUGCUUUGAAUCUGAUCAGUAAGUCGAGCACAAUAUGAUAGUGAAGCAUUUAAGUGCAAAGCUCCUGAUGAGAAGUCUAUCCAUUGACAUGGCAUAUGAUUUUGAAACACACUGUAGCCCUAUUUUGUAGUUCUCAUUUAUAAUGAAUUAUUAUAAUAUUAAUUUUUUUUU